CAAAAACUUGUUUCAAUAGUCUUAAAAUUGCUUUCAAAACAGGCUAUUCGGAAAAUGUUUCACAUCGCGAAAAUCAAGUCAUUUUCGAGCGAU